UCGCGUCGUGAUGGCUGAUGAGCAGCAGCAGCCUGGCCCAGGAGUAGGACCUUUACCUUCCGCGGUUCAAGGAUUGCAAGGGGCUGAGGCGAACGCGUUGCAGCUAAAAAUAAAGAACUCAAUCUGCAAAACUGUACAAUCAAAGGUGGAUUGCAUUUUGCAAGAUGUGGAGAAGCUUACAGACAUUGAAAAACUCUACCUCUAUCUCAAACUGCCUUCUGGACCCAGCAGUGGCACUGAGAAAAAUGAGCAGAGCUCCAUGUCAUCAAGUCGUACCCAGCAGUUGCACGCAUUUAGCUGGAUUCGUAACCACCUAGAGGAGCAUCCCGAAACAUCGCUGCCUAAACAAGAAGUCUAUGACGAGUACAAGAGUUACUGUGAUAGCCUGGGGUAUCACGCUCUCAGCGCUGCGGACUUUGGAAAGAUCAUGAAGAACGUCUUUCCCAAUAUGAAGGCACGUCGACUUGGCAUGCGAGGCAAAUCCAAGUAUUGCUAUAGUGGACUUAGGAAGAAGGCAUUUGUACACAUGCCAUCUCUUCCCAACCUAGAUCUUCACAAAUCAGGUGAUGGGUGUGAAGUGUUUGAAGCUACUGGUCAACUGUCCAGUGCAGAAGAUGAGGUGCGCAUGGCCGCAUGUGGGUUGGUGUGCGAGUGGGCGCAGAAAGUGUUGAGUCGGCAAUUUGACAGCGUUGAGGAUCUGGCUCGAUUUCUUUUGAACAGCCACUAUAUUGGAACUAAGUCUGUGGCUGCUCUUACUGUGAUGACCGGUUCCCCCUCAGGAGCGAAGAUGUCCAUUCAGUCAUCUGCAUUUGCUCCUACAAUCGAUGCACACUCAUUCCAACCUCAGGUUAAAACCCUGGUCUCACCCUCCAUAGAUGCCAAACAGCAGCUACAAAGGAAGAUCCAGAAGAAGCAGCAAGAACAGAAACUGCAUUCUCCACUUCCUGGUGAAGCUCAGGCCAGGAGGGCAGAUGGGGGCAUGACACCUGGGGCAGGGACGGGCAUACCCUGUGGAAGUCCUGCUCUUCUCUCGCCACAACCUAUCGGGAUUGUGGUUGCAGCUGUUUCCAGCCCUAUUACGGUUCAGAGAAGCAGGCAAUUGAUGUCUCCUAGUCCUGUUCCCAUGACAGCUGCAGACAGCAAAGUUCUUCCUGUAAACUUUCAAGUGGUUACCCAGUCAGUGCAGCCUGUGAAGCAGAGCCCCAAGACACCUCUUAACAUCUCGGCUAGUCCGAUAAGCGACCGGUCAGCUCGUCACCGGUAUGCCCAAAUCCUGCCCAAACCAUCUGCCUCGAGUGGCAUAACCCUGCGCUCACCAACCCUGCUUAUCACAAACAGCCCCAUCAAGACGGUAAUGUCAACUCCGCACGUCAGUUCGGUCAAUGUAGUCAAGAUGACGACAAUAUCUCUGGGCUGUAACGGCAGUGGGACCGGCACACCAGCCGAUACCCCUGCCAGCAACAAAGUCAGACCUGCAUCUGCUGGAGUUGGUAGCCUCAACGACGAUCCACAGCCAGUAACACGUGUUCGAAGUGGGUCUAUAGCUGCAAUGCCAUCAUUGGCAAGGUCAGCGCGCUCAACAACCACAACGCCUGUAGUUGACACUAAAACAAAUACUGAAGCCAUAAUUGGAAGUGGUCAAGAGCAGGGUGGUAUGAGUAGACUGGCAACCACUCCGGACGCCAUUGGUGGUGUACAACGGUCAGGAAUGCUCAAACCCAGAGCGGCCAGCGUACCCACUCCUCUUGACAAGGACUCUCUGGGAUUGGACAUUCUAACAGGGACCAAAUGCAAUGAGAGGGCACUCCUUAGUGUCAAAACUCUGGCUGCUGGCAGCAAUAAUGCGUCCAACACUAAUGAAAGCACUUUGUACCAGAAUACAAAUAGCACUCAGUCAAACAGUGGUAAUGCAGUUGUGGCAUCACCCAAAGAUGCAGUGUUGGCAUCCAAGAGCCCUCACAAAAGACCUGGCUUAUGCACUGAUUUGAGUCCAACACCUGUUAAAAAAGCCCACAUUGCUGUGCUACCAGCCAGUGGAUCCGAAGGACUAAAGUUGAAUAUAAUGGCGAAGCAAAUUCCGAGAUCAAGUACUCCAAUAAGGCCAGAAAGUGCACCUCUCGCAGCCGUAGCCAAAGCUACCGCAGGUCCGGUCAGGAACACUGGCUUCCAGACAGUUCGCAGGCCACAAAGCAUCUCCCAAGGAAGAUGGGAAGGAGCUUCAUCAAUAACGGAUUAUAGAAUUCCCAUCACCUCUACAGCAAGUCAGGAUACUUCAGUAGGGAAUACCAUGUUUCAGACUGUUUGCAGGCCUCGCAGCAUCUCCCAGGGGAGAUGGGAAGGAUCUUCAACGAGUAUUGAAAGUAGAGCCGUGGUCACCCGUACUGUUAGUGCUCCAGGUCAAGCUUUGCUACAACAAGUAACUAAAAACCCACAGGAUUUGCUUAUAGGCCAGUCCAACUCUUCUGCAGUAUGUGAACUGAAGAGUGUAUUUUGGGAUGGUGAGCUCCAAGAUGGCACUCAGCAUCAAGAUGUUUAUGGCCCGCAAAUGGUGUCUGAGCCAAAGCAAAUGAUGGAGCCCCUUCCUGCAAUUGCUCAAGCCUCGCCUUCCAACCAGCAGGUUCAAAUGAGUGACUACGGAACCCAGGCCAACCUUGGCUACUUUCCCUUUAAUGACGAUGACAUGACCCAAGAUAGCAUUGUUGAGGAACUUGUGCAAAUGGAAGAGCAGAUGAAAAUUAACAACAGCAUGCAAAAUUUCAGCAACUGUGUGGAUAAUUCACUGCAAGGCCAGCAACAAAGCAUACAGACUACCAUGAUGUCUACCCUUCAGAGCAACACCUUGUACUACAGCUCUGCGCAUAGCAGCACCCCAAUACAAACACCCACUCCAACACCUACUCCCACUUCAGAGAUGAUAGGAAGUGGCCAGGGUUUGAUGCACGAAAGCCCCUGUUCGCGCUUAGCCCCUACCACUCCGGUCGACAGCGCUCUUGGAAGUAGUCGUCAGACUCCUAUUGGCACGCCACACUCCAAUUGCAGCAGUAGUGUCCCACCAAGCCCUGUGGAAUGCAGGAACCCUUUUGCCUUCACUCCUAUUAACUCUAGCAUCACUGGAUACCACGAUGGAAGUACCGUCUCUUCAAGCCCCGUCAAGCCCAUGCAAAGACCAAUGGCUACACAUCCAGAUAAGACUAAACUGGAAUGGAUGAACAGUGGGUACAAUAACAGUGGUGGGAACUCCAACAAUGGAAUUAGCAUUCUGCCAAGCUACCAAGACCUAGUAGAUGACCACUUUCGAAAGCCUCACGCCUUCGCCAUCCCAGCCCAGACCUGUCAGUCACAAACCAGGCAUCACGACACUCAUAUCAGCCGCUUGACACCCAUUUCGCCCGUCCAGCAGCAAGUUGCAAGCAUGGCUAGCCUCAACAAGAAAGAGGGCUUUGCUGUCCCAGCACCCCUUGACAACAAGACCAGCAUUUCGUCCUCAGGGUCUGGAACGUUUCGAUGCCGCAGCGUUAGCCCGGCGGUCAGGCAGCGCAACUUGAGCGGGACCCAAGCACCCAAUGUUCCCCACUCUGUGGUCUCUCCUUUCAACUCACCAGUAACACCUGAAGUGCUAAACAUCUUCUCUAACAGUGACCCUGACGCAAGCGUCAGCAGCAUGGCGCAGAGGAGUCAGUCAGUUCCGGUCACUGUGAUGAUGCAGUCGGAGGUUCUACCCAUGCAAGCAGGCCAGCCGAUUAAUACCAAAAACAUCACCAAUGUCCUCAUCAACAAAAUGGAUGGCGAUGGAGACGACGCUGUACGUGGCCUCGGAAUCAACAACAUGCCGUCCAACUACACUGCCCGCAUGAAUCUCACCCAGAUUCUGGAGACCACCGCAGUGCCCAGCUUCCCUGGUAGUGCCAGCCACCAAGCUCUGAUCUCGCCUUGUUCGUCAGCCUUUGAGUCCCAGAAGCCUGGUUACCUCAUGAAGAACGCCAGGGAGGAGCCAAUGAGCUUUUCUGUAGACGAAAGCCAAGCACAAUCAGCCUCAGGGGAGCACCAGCCGCCACAACAACAGCAGCAGCAGCACUUAGGUAGACGGCAGCUCCUCGGGCAGGAACAGCAGAGCCAGGCCAUGCUGUUGCAAAACCUCCAGCAACAUCAGCACCAGCAACCCUUGGAUUUAGACCGAACUGUCAAAGAUCUUUUACGAGAGGAAAGCUUGAAUGCUGGCUCGCAUCUUGUGGGUCAAGGAUCAGAGCUUAGCUCUGGGAGUGCAGAGUUUCCCAGUGAUAUGCGGCUAACUUCUGAGCUCACUGGUAGCAUAAAUGACUUAAAUACAUUGGACACCAACCUUCUUUUUGACCCUGGUCAACAGCAAGGACAGUAUGAAGACUCCACACUGGAAGAACUGAAGAACGACCCACUUUUUCAACAGAUAUGCAGCGAGACUGUGAAUUCUGCUGGCUUUGACUGGUUGGAGAGCAAAGACCAGGCAACAGUGGAAAUGUUGGGUUAAUUUGUGCUUUUGUGUUGUUUUGGUAUUUGGAUAGGUUUCUGUGUAUGUAUGUAUUCAUCUCGUUGUGCAGCACCUGGACGUCAUGACACAGGUCCGUAUUGAACUGCCAGGCUGAACAGAAAUUAGAUUGCCAGUUCUUUGUCCCAAUGGUUAGUGAAACACAGACUAACCUGGAAGUACUAUCACAUUUUUCCUCCUCUUUCCCACCAGUUUUGCAAAGAAAACACGCAAGAGCUUUACUUAAGAAGUCACCAGAGACAUUUUUAUGCCUCUACACUGUUUUGUGCAUUCAGUUACGCAACUUUUAUAUAAUCCUUUGAACAUUUUGCAGUCAAAGGGCAUUGUAUGAAGAUUGGAAAAUAACUUCUUUUUAACCCUUUAUCUUAAAGAAAAAUAUUUGUAUUUGAGGUUACACCAGCUAUGUAAGGUACUGCACCUCAUCUAAUUAGCUUUUUCACUCUAUAAACAAAAUCGGUGCUUCCAUGUGCAGGAAACCAUAAUAAGUGACAACUUUGAACAUGCAACAUCUAUAUUGUUUUUCAAUAAACAAAGAAUAAGGGAAGAUCACAUUAGAAAUGUUAAGAAAAAGUUGAAAUACAGCAGUUUAUACCUGUUUAGAAAGUAAUAACUUAUUGCACACAAAUGUGCAACCAUGUUAGAAUUUGUAACGUGAGCCAGUAAGUAAUUUAUAUUUGCAGCUUUAUUCUUAUUGUCAACCACUAUGUCAGUUGGGAAGUAUGCAUCUACUUGCACUAAAUUGCUUGUUAUGUUAAAUAACGGCUGAAUAAUGCUCAAAAUGAAUACAUGAGGGCACUUUUGGUAUUUAAAUUUGCAUAUGCUAAGUUUUAACUAAAUUUAAAUCUAUGAAAGAUCAAUAUUGACCCAAGGGUCAAUCUCAGGUCUGCAUCCCAAUUUCUAGAUUUGAAGAUAUCAAUCAGAUUUUAUCCAACAGAACAGGGUUUAAUUUAAACCCAGUCAAUAAUAAUGGCACUGGUUAUUGCACUAGCUGGCACCUUUAUAUUGCAUUUGCGAUUUGAAUAUGGUUGAGAAAAGGUCACGUUUUAAAUGGAAGAAUUAGAAGGAAAAAUCGGUUACUGGUGAAACCAAAAUGCCAAAGUGGUUUAUAGCUGUGGGAAGAAAAAAAAUAUUCUGGGAUUGUUGUCAAAAUAUCCCAAAUGUUGUUUUAUUGUUAACUAUGCAUUUAGGAGGCCAGGAAAUAGAUGUUUAGCCACUGACUUUUCUGUAUAAAUUUUCCCCUAGUUAAUGCUUGUCAUCUGGCAGUUUGCAUAAAUGAGAUUCAUUGAACUGUAUAUAUUCUCUCAUGCACAUGCCUUGUUUUGGCAUUUUCAGUGACUGUUUUCUACUUGAGCACUUCAUUCAGGAACUUCUUUGUAACAUGCACUAUUAAAGCCUUUACCCCUUAAUCAAAGUAUCGCACCAGCUGUAAAAACAUCAGGAAACUGAAAAUACCCAGAUCACAUUACUAAUAAAUGAGCUCAGUGCUAAUAUCAUCAGAUAGCUCCCCCCACCCCCACUCGCUUUGAAAGCUAGAAUGAAGAUGUUUAAUUCAAAGGGCCAUUACUGUACCAUGUUGUACUGAAGUACUUGAUUAGUAGUCUGCUUUCAGAAUAUCAGAGCAUAAGAUACACUGAGUGUGGUAGUUAUUCCAUCUUAGCCUUACUUCCAUACCAAAGACAAGUUUUGUAAUUACUAAGAAAAACGUAGAAGGAAUUCUACAAUUUAGUAUCACCGUUUUCAAAUUGAAUUCUUACCCCAGCUUUUAAGAUGCAUGUUUUAAAAUGCAUUUAUGAAAAUGUCACCCAGGUUUAAAUGGGGCCAAGAUUGUGGGGUUGAAAAGGGAAUUAGUUUCAUGCAAAAUUUUGUCAUUUGCGUACGACCACUAUAGCACUUGAAUUUUAUUUACGUGACAUCUCAGAUCUCAUGCUUCUGGUAUUUGUAGCAGGACGAUUCUUAGGGGAUGAAAAAAGUCCACUAUGGAAUUUCUGUUUGUUGUGAUGCUCUGUAAAUAUGCUCCAUUUAUAAAAGAUAAAAAUUACACUGUAUUACCAGUUUGAUUAACAUUCAUUUUUACAAUAUGAACAUGAUGAUAGUGAUCCAACGGUCUUUGACAAAGUUUUUGUUUUGUUACAAUUAAUAGUUUACAUAACUAGACAUCUCUUGUAUAGAUAUAGCUUGUUGUGAGUUUUAAUUUUGAAGCGUUUUUCUCAUUUAUUUAUUGUUUGGCUUCCAGUUCUUUUUUUUAUUUUUUAUUUUUCUGCAGAAGAGUGUGCUUUUGUGUGAGAAUAUAGCAUGGUUUUAAAAUCUGUUGUUUUUUUGCAUAUCUUUUUUUUUUUUU